UUUCAUUUAUCUUCACAAUGAAAUGGUUAAGUACUUCCAAGAGAGAAAUAAAAGUGUAAUUAAAGCCAGGGAAAAGUGGAUGCAGCAAUUGAAGCUCUCAGAUGCCUCGGACACUUUUACAGGAUCGGAUGUCUCAAUAUUACCUAACCAAAUUUUUUCCCAUAAAAAUGCAGAGACUAGAUUGGAAGCUAUGGGUUUCCGUGUUGGAUUUGUUUUGGCUGAAAAAUUUUCCAAAGAUAUGUCACGGUUUGCCAAUGAAUUGGAUAGGAUGAAGUUUAUCUGCAAAGAGUUUUGGAUCUCAACAUUUGGAAAAGGUGUGAACAAACUCAGUACUAACCAUCAGGGCAUUUAUAUCAUUCAGGAUACUGAUUUCUGUACACUUUCACCAUUUUCUGACGGAGUUCAAUACGUUGCUGACUGCAUUCCUUUCAUGGCGCUUCCGGUAGGAAUUGUUCGUGGUGCUCUCGACAACCUGGGAAUAUGUGCUACAGUGACAGUACAUGUGGAAAAACUUCCUAUUGUCAAAUUCAAUGUGCAAAUGAUUAAAUGA